UUCAAAUUGCUGCUGUGUGCUGAGUCCUCCCUCCACCAUUCCCCCAAAACAUGGCUUCAUCACCCUCUCAGAUAUCUGCUUAUGUAUUAAGGGCAUUGAGUUUUCCAUUGUUUAUCACUCUUCACUUUUAGGGAUUCUUGACCUUGUUUUCUUCCUUUUUUUUUUCCAUCAAUUUCCUCCAAGUAAUGCUUUCAAUUUCUGACUUUUUUCCGUUACUGUGUACUGGACAUGAGCUUUUUUGCUUGUCAGAUGUUAUCUUAUUCCUACCCAGUGAAGCGGACCAACACUGUUAUACUAAGAACUCAUCAUCACAUUCCGUGGAUGAAAUCUUCCUUACAAAAUCCGAGAAUCCUCCGCUCUCUUAAAUUUUCUCCCAGACCAAUAAUAACAGCCAGUAUUGACGGGGAAGAGAGAGGAGGAGAUGUCAGAUUGAAAGAAGAAAGAACGAAGUUAAGGUGGGCCGAGAUAGGUCCUGAUAUAACAGAGGUCCAGAAGCAGGCUAUAUCUCAGCUCCCAUCAAAGAUGACAAAACGAUGUAAGGCUUUCAUGAAACAGAUUAUCUGUUUCUCUCCCCAGAAAACCAGUCUAUCUCAAUUAUUGGAUGCGUGGGUGAAGAUAAUGAAGCCGAAAAGAGCUGAUUGGCUUGCAGUUCUCAAAGAAAUGAGGAGGAUGGAACAUCCCCUGCUCCUCGAGGGAAGAAUUAAUAAUGAUAUUCCUUUUGCUUGGUUCACUUCACGUUGGGGGGAGAUAAAGUCUUGGCGAUGGGCGACACUUGGACUCAUUUUUGGUCAGACACUCAGACUUGCGAACGGUGAUGUUAGGUUAUGGUUUGAUAGAAGCUCUCUAGGGAACUCCAAAGUGCUCGGGGUCUCUUUGCAGGUAAUGGACCUUGCCCUUGUACAAGAAUCAUUUGAAGCUAAUGUUCGUGACUACACCAAGAUAAUUGAUGGGUAUGGGAAACAAAAUCGGUUGCAUGAUGCUGAAAGUGUCUUCCAAACCAUGAAGAACAGAGGCUUUACCUGUGAUCAGGUAAUCUUAACCGCUAUGAUUCAGAUGUACAGCAAGGCUGGUUGUCUUAGGCUGGCUGAGGCAACAUUUGAGGAGAUCAAGUUACUGGGCUUGCCAUUAGAUAAAAGAGCAUAUGGCUCAAUGAUCAUGGGCUAUGUCAGAGCCGGAAGGCCCAACCAUGGAGAAUGUUUGCUUAGAGAAAUGGAAGCUCAAAAAAUCUAUGCAGGAAGGGAAGUUUACAAGGCAUUGUUAAGGGCUUACUCCACAAUUGGUGAUACCAAAGGGGCUCAAAGGGUGUUUGAUGCUAUACAGUUUGCUGGAAUCGCCCCUGAUAUCAAGUUGUGUGCACUUCUCAUCAAUGCAUAUGCAGUGGCAGGGCAGAGUGAUGAUGCACGCAGUGUGUUUGAAAAUCUGAGGAAUGCUGGGCUUGAACCUAGUGACAAAUGUGUGGCUCUGAUGUUGGCCGCUUAUGAAAAGGAGAAUAAGCUUAAGAAGGCGUUAGACCUCCUUAUUGACCUGGAGAAAGAGGGUAUUAUGGUUGGCAAAGAGGCAUCUGAGAUACUGGUUGGAUGGUUUCGCAGGCUAGGGGUAGUUGGUGAGGUAGAGCUUGUAUUGAGAGAGUAUUCUGCAGAGGAAGUUAAAUGCGAAAUACCUGCUCUCUAGUUUGAUUAGGAUCUUGGCCAGAUCCCUUUUGUCAGUGUGAACAUACAAUCCAAUGAUGAUAUAACGCUUCAUACUAAGUGAAGUUCAUUUGUGGAAAACCAUGGCUUUGACUGGUCAUCUAUUAGAGCUCUGUUAUGUACAAAUCUACUUGGUUGGAAUGGUUGAACUCGACCUUUUCUCUGGAGUUUUAAUGGGUUGGGUGAUGAUUUAAAUCUCCGCAUCUGCAUAUUUUUCCCUAUGCAUAGAAUUCGUAACUUCUAAGCCUCUUGAAUUUGUAUGAUCUGAGACUGUGCGUUUACACUCCUUGAUACCGAAUUUCUUUUUAUUUUUUAUUUUUUAUUUUUUUAUUUUUUAUGGAUAGAGGCAAAAUACCUGUGCUUGCUUAAUUAGUGGAACUUUUAUA